AAAUUGACUUCCAACUGGUCGACAUGAAGUUCCUAGCUCUUUUCGUCACUUUGCUGGUUGUUCUGGCUGUGGUUAGCGGCCAAAAGAGCCAGAAUACAAAUCACAACGUCAUCGUCAUCGGUAAGAAGCCUGGAGCUGCACCUGCCGCAGCUGCUGCCGCACCUCCUGCCGCAGCUCCUGCUGCUCCUGAAGCAGGCGUCGCAGAUGCUCCCGCCGAAAGAUAAAUAUUAUGAGUCACAGCUUAUUUUCUUCUAAUAAAAUGGAUCGCUAAUCAUAAUAUAUGUUUAUUAAAGUGUGUACUACUAUAUCAAACUA